CCUGUCGCAGCUCGUCGUAUUGCUGCGCAUCGAGUCGUACGCUAGGGGAUUUUGCGGCGUCAUAUGUUUAAAAACGUGUAAUUGUGAUUCAAGCAAUAAUGCGCGAAUGUAUUUAUUAGCAUUUUGAAUCGAAAAGUGUGACGUGGACCUAUACCAAAAACGUUAACUUCUGGGGAAGGAUCAGAAACUGGUUUGACAUUAGUGAUAAAAACAAAAAAAAUCGGCUUUCGCAUUCGGAGCAAAAAUACUUAUAAGUUAUAUUCUUAACUUAAUUACAACACGACGUGCACUAUAGAACGAACAGGGCUGCCACUGCGGGAAUCGGUAACAAAGUCCGAAGUGGUAUCUGAUGUGAGCUACUGAAAGGAUUGUAGUGCGACAGAUUCGAUCUGAAUUUCUUAUUAUACCAGCAACCAAUGUUCGAUAAAAUUCGAAAUCUGUUCACUCAGCUAGGAACGGCCUGUUGACAUAAUCGUGCGAGUCGGCAACUGUGCGAUAGAAGUGCAAAUAUUUUCAUAGAAGAAACCGUCAAAUAUAAACGAGCCAGUUAAUGUAGCAAUUAAUGUCUAUAUAUAAUCAUACAGUUACUUGGUAAUCGUUAAUUGUGGGAUGUAUUUGUUUAAUUGUUAGAACUUACCAGAUUGCAUAAUCGCCAGCUUGUAAACGACAAAUAACGGAAUUCGAAGGACUUGCUUCAAGCACGAAAAAAGUCUCCAGCUUGCAAUGGAGCCUCCACCUACAGUUGUGGAAGGUCUGCCCGAUAGUGGAGACCAAGACUUAAAAUCACUCAAUACCCUUGACGAACCUAUCAUGACUACCGUGAUGCGCGAUGUACGAAACAUCGUCGAUAAGUUUGUACAUGUCUAUACACCGGGAAAACAGAAGAAACUUCUUAAAGACUGGGACCUCUGGGGACCCCUAAUGAUCUGUGUUUUCCUUGCCGUAAUCCUUCAGACUUCAGCAGGCAGCUCGAAAUCCGAAGCCGUCCCACAUUUUGCCGAGCUAUUUAUCCUCGUUUGGGGAGGAGCGGCACUUGUUACUCUAAACACAAUGCUUCUUGGAGCCCAGCUUGCAUUUUUACAGGGCCUGUGUGUGCUGGGAUAUUGCCUCUGUGGACAAUGUGUGGCGCUCGUCGCCUGCAAGUUACUUCCGCUGUUACCGUUCAUAUCAAGCCAUGCAUUGGUACUGUUUAUAUUCAGCGCAGUAUUAUCGCUGCUUGGAUGUUGUUGGAGUAUUCUGGCAGCUUCUGGCACUUUCGCUGGCCUAUAUGGCGACCAUAAGAACACACUCAUCAGGUAUCCGAUUCUUUUGUACUACUUACUCAUAUCGUGGCUCAUCUUAUCCUGGUCCAACUCUCACUGCUAAGAAAAGUCUACAAAUGGUGAUCAUCGUCAAAUCGAUACUUAGAAUAUAACAAAAUGUCUACUAUUUAUAUAUUUUGAUGCAGCUGUGUACUUUGCCAUACAAAAAAUACAACUCUGUGUCUAAAUCAUAGGUUUAGAACAAUGCGAGAGAACCGAUAAAAUUUGUUAGAGUAGGAUUUUAUGAUUGAAACGUCUUCGUGGCAAUCCCAAAAGUACUGGCGAAGUCAGUAAAAUAAAUAGAUACUUAUGUAACCUGUAAAGAAAUUUGUGCGCGUCACCUGAGCCUAAGCUCUGCGAAUUCUAAAAAAAAGGAUUGACGUGCUAAAAAUAUAAGAGCCUUAUAUUAUUUAGUA